AUGAAGUUUUUGGGUGGUAACGAUGAUCGCAAUGGCCGCGGAGGCGUCGGCGUUGGCACGGAUGCCAUUGUAGGAUCUCGCGGUGGCGUCUCGCAGGAUGCCGCCGAUGCAGCUGGUGCCGCCGCAGCCGCCGCCGUCGGCUAUGUCUUCCAGCAGCGUCCAUCGCCUGGUGGCGUUGGCGUCGGCGUGGGCGGAGUGGGUGGCGGUGUGCCAGGGGUCGGAGCCGUAGGCUCGACCUUGCACGAGGCCGCCGCCGCCGAGUACGCCGCCCACUUUGCCCAGAAGCAACAGCAGACACGAUGGGCGUGCGGCGACGACGGCCAUGGGAUCGAUAACCCGGACAAAUGGAAGUACAAUCCGCCGAUGAAUCCGGCCAACGCAGCUCCUGGCGGUCCACCGGGAAAUGGCACCAAUGGUGGGCCCGGCGCCAUUGGAACCAUUGGCAUGGGCAGCGGAUUGGGCAGCAUGGGAGGUGGUGGUGGCGGCGGCGGAGCUGGCGGCGGAGCUGGCGGCGGAAAUAAUGGCGGCUCUGGCACGAAUGGUGGUCUGCAUCAUCAAUCGAUGGCCGCUGCAGCUGCGAAUAUGGCCGCCAUGCAACAGGCGGCGGCGGUGGCAAAGCACAAUCACAUGAUGUCACAGGCAGCAGCCGCCGUUGCAGCCCAGCAGCAGCAACAUCAGCAUCCACACCAACAGCAUCCCCAGCAGCAGCAGCAGCAGGCGCAGAACCAGGGGCAUCCACAUCACCUCAUGGGCGGUGGCAAUGGACUGGGCAACGGCAACGGAUUGGGCAUACAACAUCCCGGCCAGCAGCAGCAGCAGCAGCAACAACAGCAGCAGCAACAUCCCGGCCAGUACAACUCGAAUCUGCUCAACCAUGCGGCUGCCUUGGGUCACAUGUCAUCUUAUGCCCAAUCGGGUGGCAGCAUGUACGACCAUCAUGGUGGAGCCAUGCACCCGGGAAUGAACGGCGGCAUGCCCAAGCAACAGCCAUUGGGUCCACCCGGAGCCGGAGGACCCCAGGACUAUGUCUACAUGGGUGGCCAGACCACUGUGCCCAUGGGAGCCGCAAUGAUGCCGCCACAGAAUCAAUAUAUGAACAGCUCUGCUGUUGCAGCUGCCAAUCGGAAUGCAGCGAUUACCACAUCCACUGCCAAGAAAUUGUGGGAGAAAUCCGAUGGCAAGGGCGUGUCCUCGAGCACUCCCGGUGGACCGUUGCAUCCGCUGCAGAUCCCAGGCAUCGGGGAUCCCUCCUCCGUGUGGAAGGAUCACACCUGGUCCACACAGAGCGAGAAUAUCCUGGUGCCGCCCCCCUCGCGAGCCUACGCCCAUGGAGGCGCCUCCGAUACUUCAAACAGCGGCAAUGCGGGCAUACUGAGUCCCCGCGAUUCGACUUGCGCCAAAGUGGUUGAAUAUGUUUUUAGUGGCUCGCCCACCAACAAGGAUAGCUCGCUUUCCGGAUUGGAGCCGCAUUUGCGGAAUCUAAAGUUUGACGACAACGAUAAGUCACGCGACGAUAAGGAAAAGGCAAACUCUCCGUUUGACACAAACGGUUUGAAGAAGGACGAUCAGGUCACAAACGCAAAUGGUGUUGUCAACGGCAUUGACGAUGACAAGGGCUUCAAUCGCACUCCCGGUUCACGUCAACCAUCACCUGCAGAGGAGUCCCAGCCACGUCCCCCAAAUCUACUCUUUCCCCCACUGCCUUUUAAUCACAUGCUCAUGGAUCAUGGCCAAGGCAUGGGCGGCGGUUUGGGCGGAGUUGUCGGAUCUGGCAACGGGGUUGGAGGCGGCAGCGGCGGAGGCGGGGCAGGCGGCGCUUAUGCGGCCCACCAGCAGAUGGCCGCCCAGAUGAGUCAAUUGCAACCGCCGAUGAUGAACGGCGUUGGCGGCGGAAUGCCAAUGGCAGCACAGUCACCCAUGUUGAAUCACCAGGCAGCUGGACCCAAUCAUAUGGAAUCUCCCGGAAAUCUCUUGCAGCAGCAAAAUUUUGAUGUUCAGCAACUGUUUCGCUCGCAGAAUCCGGGCCUUGCAGCAGUUGCCACAAAUGCAGCGGCCGCAGCAGCAGCCGCAGCAGCUGCCACAUCGGCAGCGAGUGCUGCGGCAGCGGUGGGCGCACCCCCCGUUCCCAACGGAUCGCUGCAGCAGUCGCAGCAGCAACAGCAGCAGCAGCAGCAACAGCAGCAGCAGCAGCAACAGAUGCACAUGGCGGCCGCGUCGCAACAAUUUUUGGCCGCCCAGCAGCAGGCGCAAAAUGCGGCCUAUGCCGCCCAACAGGCCACGCCCUACGUCAUCAAUCCGGGCCAGGAGGCUGCCCCGUAUAUGGGCAUGAUUGCCGCCGCCCAGAUGCCGUACUAUGGCGUAGCGCCAUGGGGCAUGUAUCCGGGCAAUCUGAUUCCGCAACAGGGAACGCAGCCGCGCCGCCCCCUCACCCCCUCGCAGCAGGGUGCCGAGAAUCAGUCGUAUCAGGUCAUCCCGGCAUUCCUCGAUCACACGGGCUCCUUGCUGAUGGGAGGACCCCGCACCGGGACGCCGAUGCGUCUGGUUAGCCCCGCCCCCGUUCUGGUGCCCCCGGGCGCCACCCGUGCCGGCCCUCCGCCCCCGCAGGGCCCACAGCUGUAUCAGCCGCAGCCGCAGACGGCCCAACAGAAUCUCUACUCGCAGCAGAAUGGAUCCAGUGUCGGAGGCCUCGCCUUGAACACGAGCUCGUUGACGGGUCGCCGCGACUCCUUCGACCGCAGCACCUCCGCCUUCAGUCCCUCGACCAUGGACUACACCAGCAGCGGUGUGGCAGCGGCCGCCAAUGCGGUGAACAACACAGUGGCCCAGGCAGCAGCAGCUGCCGCAGCAGCCGCCGCAGCGCGUGGCAAGUGGCCGGGAGCGAUGUCGGGAGCGGCCAGUGGAGCCUACGGAGCCCUGGGAGCGGGCAAUGCCUCGGCCAGUCCGCUGGGUGCACCAAACACACCGCCGCCAUCGGCGCAAUCCUGUCUCCUGGGCAGUCGUGCACCUGGAGCCGAGUCCCGCCAGCGGCAGCAGCAGCAACAGCAGCUGGCCGCCGUUGGUCUGCCGGCGACUGCAGCAGCUGCCCAGGCAGCGGUGGCAGCGGCUGCCAACAAUAUGUUCGGAUCCAACAGCUCGAUCUUCUCGAAUCCCCUGGCCAUUCCGGGUACGGCAGCUGUGGCAGCUGCGGCGGCAGCAGCAGCGGCCGCCAACUCUCGUCAGGUGGCUGCCACGGCAGCGGCAGCAGCGGCGGUGGCAGCAGCCGCCGGCGGAGUGGGAGGUCCACAGCCAGGAAGAUCUCGCCUUCUCGAGGAUUUCCGCAACCAGCGGUAUCCAAAUCUUCAGCUACGCGAUCUCGCUAACCACAUUGUGGAGUUCUCACAGGAUCAGCACGGCUCGCGGUUUAUACAACAGAAGUUGGAGCGGGCCACCGCUGCCGAGAAGCAAAUGGUGUUCAGCGAGAUCCUAGCAGCAGCCUAUAGCCUGAUGACCGAUGUCUUUGGCAACUAUGUCAUCCAGAAGUUCUUUGAGUUCGGCACUCCCGAGCAGAAGAACACGCUGGGCAUGCAGGUCAAGGGUCAUGUGCUGCAGCUGGCGCUGCAAAUGUAUGGCUGCCGAGUGAUUCAGAAGGCUCUGGAGAGCAUCUCGCCGGAGCAGCAGCAAGAAAUCGUGCACGAACUGGACGGACAUGUGCUGAAGUGCGUCAAGGAUCAGAAUGGCAAUCAUGUGGUGCAGAAGUGCAUUGAGUGCGUGGACCCCGUGGCGCUGCAGUUCAUCAUCAAUGCGUUCAAGGGUCAGGUUUACUCGCUGAGCACUCAUCCGUAUGGAUGCCGGGUGAUCCAGAGGAUCCUCGAGCAUUGCACUGCCGAACAGACCACGCCCAUUUUGGACGAACUGCACGAGCACACCGAACAGUUGAUUCAGGACCAAUAUGGCAACUAUGUAAUUCAGCAUGUGCUUGAACACGGCAAGCAGGAGGAUAAGUCGAUUCUUAUCAACAGCGUGCGCGGCAAAGUUCUGGUGCUAUCACAGCAUAAGUUCGCCUCAAACGUUGUGGAGAAAUGCGUUACCCAUGCAACUCGCGGAGAACGCACUGGUCUCAUAGACGAGGUCUGCACUUUCAACGACAACGCGUUGCACGUGAUGAUGAAGGAUCAGUAUGCCAACUAUGUGGUCCAAAAAAUGAUCGAUGUAUCAGAGCCGACGCAGCUCAAGAAGCUGAUGACCAAGAUCCGGCCCCACAUGGCCGCCUUGCGCAAGUACACCUACGGCAAGCACAUCAAUGCCAAGUUGGAGAAGUACUACAUGAAGAUAACCAAUCCCAUAACGGUGGGCACAGGAACUGGAGGAGUGCCGGCCUCCUCGUCGGCGGCGGCAGUCAGCAGUGGUGUCACCUCGGCAUCGGUAACCGCCUGCACCAGUGGCAGCAGCACCACCACGACCAGCACUACCAACAGCCUGGCCUCACCCACCAUUUGCUCGGUGCAGGAGAACGGCAGCGCCAUGAUUGUGGAGCCCUCCUCCCCGGACGCCUCCGAGUCCUCGUCCUCGGUGGUGUCAGGCGCUGUCAACAGCGGAUUGGGUCCCAUUGGACCCCCGACCAACGGCAACGUUGUGCUGUAAAUGAAAUAACAAAUUAAGCCAGGCAGUCAAAGGAAACUUCCUUCUCGAAUCGCAGUAUAGUUUUUAGGAGCUGUAGAGCUAAACAUAAACAACAAGUACAUAUAAAUGUAAUCUUAUUUAUUGGAAAAGCAGCGAUAAAUGGAGCUGCACUCGAAGAUUUGCAAAGAGGAUAGUAAAACACUCAUGCGCCAUGCUAGAGAAACAAAUAGCAAACAAAGAAGCACACUGGCAAGCAAAAAAGCAAAAGAGCUUAACAGCUAAAAUUAAAAGAAAUUUGUAUUUUUACGAACAAAAGUAAUAACGUUCUCACGAAAAAAGAUUUCAUAAUAUUUGUAAAAUGCGCUCGCAUAUUUAAUUUGUAAAAAAAAAGCAUGAACCGCAAAGAUGAAAGAAAGCAAAAAUGCGUAGUAAAUCGCGAUCAAGAAAAGAUAAUGAAUUUAAUGUAAAAUGUCAAUGAAACAGAUUUGUCUGCGUACAUUUUCGUUGUAACUUUGUAUAAAUUAAUUAUUAUAUAGCGAGUCUAUCUGUAAAUGAUUAAUGUUUCGACUGUAAAUUAAUAAGAAGACAACUGAAGAGCCGGCGAGCUGAAAAAAAAGAAAGUUAAAAAGCGGGCUGCAUGAAUUAGCCUACGAUUUAUAAGUGCAGACAGAGGAACCAUUUCUAAUAUACAAACAUAUAUACGAGGGAUAACAGCAGAAGCCGCACUUAGUGUAGAAUGUAGAGUAAUAAUGUUUUUGGAGCCAGCAGCUACCAAGACACAAUGAAAACAGAGACACACGAGACACGCCCACGCCCCCUCACGCACACUCGGUUGCAUACACCUACACAAUGAACGACUCUUCAGCCCAUUCACGUUGCUUUUGCACUAUGUAAAAAUUUUGUAUAAAAAAACCCCAAACAACAAACCAUGUAAACCAUGUAAUUUUCAAAUGUUUCACUGUAAAAUGUAUACAUUCUUUAUUUUGUAAAUUUUUUUUAAGUCGCAAGUAACUCAUACAUAUUCUAUUCUAAACUUCACGCAUGUAUUUAUAAUUUUAUACACAUUAGCUGGUCACCACUGAUGGUGAUGGAUGCAUGGAUGUCGAUCAGCUGGUGGCCAGCUAAAAGAACCUGUUAGCCAAGUAAGCCAAAAAUGAUAAUAAUUGGAUUUUAAAACAGUAACCAUCAAAAUAAACCAAUUUUUUUCCAAAAUUUUCCGAGACCCUUUUAUGUUUGCUAGCCCACCUUAAUGUAUAAUAUAUGUAUAUGUAUAAAUAUGAUUUAAAUCAACACUAUGCUUUCACAACUGCACACUGAACGAAAUCAGGUGGAGAGUUAACUUUGUUACGUUAGACAGAAAGCGCUUGUUGCUCCCUGCGAAGCUUGAAAUGCAUUCGCUGUGCGGCAUACUAAAUAAUUAACCAACCCUUCCUUCACGUAAGUGUAUAAAAUUUUUUUAAAACGUCAUCGAAACACUUGUAAAUUGCAAACAAAAACUGUAUAUGUAUACAUACGAACGAAUAUUGUAAAAAGUAACAAUACCAAGAAUUUUGUACAUUUUUGAUAUAAAUUUAGAUUACUUCGCGACGCCUUAUUCCAAAUACUAAAAUACUGAAAAUACUGAAAACGAGAGAUGGUAAGAAAAUCGAAUUUAGACUUUUUUGUCGGUUUCGUCGAAACACACAAAAAU